UCGGCACUCUUGACUUAUCAGCUAGGACCAGGGAAAUGGGGGUGUAGGAAGUUAAGAUGCAUAGUUGUUCAGUAUCUCUCGGGCUUGGCUAUAUGACUUGCCACUGCUCCCCACAUAGACACAGCAGGCUUCCACAGCUCUACAGACGACACAAAGUGCUUCUCUGCGUGUAGAAGCUAAGGUUUACUGAGAACUAUGGAGGGACCUUAUAAGUACAUUAGGGAUGGGAAUGGGAAAGUUAGCCGGGUCAUACGAAUUGGAACCCGAAACAGCCAGCUGGCUCGUAUUCAGACGGACAGCGUUGCAGAAAAGCUGAAGGGACUGUACCCUGAUGUCCACAUAGAAAUAGUUGGCAUGACAACUACAGGGGACAAAAUUCUUGACACAGCGUUAUCAAAGAUUGGAGAGAAGAGCCUUUUCACCAAAGAACUGGAGACUGCUCUGGAGAGGAACGAGGUAGACUUGGUGGUCCACUCUUUGAAGGACUUGCCCACGACUCUGCCUCCUGGCUUUACCAUAGGAGCAGUGCUAAAGCGGGAGAACCCCCAUGAUGCAGUGGUCUUGCAUCCCCAAAACAUGGGCAAAUCCCUCGACACCCUGCCCGACAAGAGUGUGAUAGGCACAAGUUCGCUGCGACGGGCUGCUCAGCUAAAGAAAAGAUUCCCCCACCUCGAGUUUAAAGAUAUUCGAGGAAACCUUAACACGAGGUUGAAGAAGCUGGAUGAAAAGGGCGACUUCUCUGCCAUUAUUCUGGCUGCAGCUGGACUCCGUCGCAUGGGCUGGGAGAGCCGAGUCAGCCAGAUCCUGGGCCCUGAGGACUGUAUGUACGCUGUUGGACAGGGGGCUAUUGCCAUUGAGGUGCGGGCCAAAGAUAAGGACAUCCUGGAGAUGGUGUCUGUUCUGCACGACCCCAACACGGUCCUGCGCUGUAUAGCAGAGCGAGCCUUCCUCAGACGACUGGAGGGGGGUUGCAGUGUACCAGUUGCUGUCCACACUGAAGUCAAGGACUCUCAGCUCUACCUGACGGGUGCAGUGUACAGCCUGGAUGGUUCAGACAGUCUCAAGGAGACCAUGCAGACCAGCAUUGCUUCAGACAAUAAGGUGGAAGAGCGAGUGGAUGAGUGGGUCCAGCGAGUUGGCGUCACAGCGAACAACAUGCCAGGCCCGGCCCAGGAUGCUUCUGAGAAGCUAGGUCUAGACCUGGCCAAUCUACUGCUGAGUAAAGGGGCUAAGGAGAUCCUUACCUUGGCCAGGGAGCUCAACGAUGCGCGAUAAACUCACUCUGUGACCCCAGCUGGGUCUGGAGGUGUAACCUGCACUCACCGGUAGUCAAUACUAAUAUUAAAGCUCACACAUGGCUGACUGAGGACUCAUGAUAUAGAAUUGCACUGUCAGCACCACUAGACCUGGGUUUGAAUAGUAUGUGUUUUCAUUUAGAGUUUGAUUUAGCCUGCUUUCAGCGCCAGAACAUUAAUGUACAGGUAACUGCCAAAUAAUGGAAACACUUGAGUAAAUGAGGGAUACAAAACACCAAAUUAUGGAAUUUAUCGUGGAAGAAGGUUGUCGCCUCCUGCUAAUAGAGGUGCAUUAAAGCUGUUCUGGCUCGUGGUGGCCCAACGCCCUCUCGAAAAACACUUUAUGUUUCCUUUAUUUUGGCAGUUACCUGUACACACAUUGAGGGACUCCAUUUCUAACUGUUGUUGGGAUCAUCCUACCGCUUUCAUCAACAGAGCUCUGAUAAUCUUGUUUGAUGAAUGACGUGUGUGACACAUUAGUGAUGUCUGUUAAACAGACCCAGAACAUGCAAGCUACAGUGACAAACUCUAGCUCAUGAGUACUAUCAGACCAAGCCCAAGGCCACCUGUCUACAACACCAGAGCGCCUAUUAUUAUUACGUGUAUAUUUUAUAGAUUUUUUCCCCUUGAUCGAUGGAAUACUAUGUCAAGACAAUUAGGAAAGCACUGCAUAUAAACAAACGAUAAACACUGGAUGCCGUACAAAAACGAAAUGUUGGAUACCUGUGACAUUUUCCUUUCAAUGUGUUCACAUGAGUUCAAUGUGUUUUGAUCCUUUGAGGAUUUUUAUUGCUUACUUGUUUUGCUAUACCAAUUUUAAGAAUAUAAAGCAGCGUAAAAUAACACCCAACAAACGUCAUCUGCAUACUUCAAAACAGGGCCUGUAUUCAUAAAGCGUCUCAGAGUAGGAGAGCUGAUCAGGUACUCUCUGGCCAUGUAAUCUUAUUCAUUAUGGAAAAUCUGAUCCAAGAUCAGCACUCCUAUUCUGAGACACUUUAUGAAUACGGGCACAGGUUUGGUAUGUUCACUGUGUGUACUUGAUCCAGCCUACCACUCCACGACCUCAGAACUGAACAAGUAUUCCAUAACCAUCCCACUAGAUAUUGCUCAUAUGGUAACUAUGUGUGUGUGUGUUAUGAAGAAAAUAGAGAAAUUAAUUGAAUGUAAUAUAGUUGUAGGCUACCUUUUAGAUAUGUUGUGGCAUUUGUUAACAAACCUUAUGCUGUCAGGUAGCAUAGUUUUGUGCCUUACUUUAGUUUCUGUCUAUAUGGCUGCUGUGUGUACAGCUUUGCUUACAACCUAAUACAACCUUAUUACCUUGAUCUACAAAUUUGCCUUUUCCUUGUACCCCUUGAGCCUGCACAGGUUUUCCUCAUUGUGACCCCUCUAACUUAUAUUUAGCAAAAUUCAUUAUGUUGCAUCAUGUUAUAUUAAGUGGUGUUAUGUUGUUUGACUAUCGAUACUUGAAAGGCAUAGAGGGGGUGGUUGUGCCAUAUUUCUGUUUUGCAGCUUUCUGCUUUCCGCUUUAGUGCUCAGACGUUUUAAGAAGAUGCUGGUCAAAUGAUACUUGCCAUACCAUCUAGUCAUUCAAUAUUGCAGCAUUCGUCAUGAUAUGACAGAAUAUGGAAAUGUAUUGCAAUCUGAAAGCGUGAUGCUUUGCUUUGUCACCUUCAUUAAUUCUGUGUCAUAAAAAGGAGGCAGCCUCAAUUAAAGCCACUUGUUACUCUCUA